GACCGACUGGUAAGAAGAAUGAGCAUCAGAACAUCAAUGAGAAGAACGACUUUUCUGCCUCCUUCUGCCCCAUUUGAAAACCCAUUAUCUGUACGUAUACAAAACUCAAUUCCAUCCUCACAACUCCACAAAAUAACCUCUUCUUCCACUGACCGACUCGUCCGCCCAACGCCCAUACCCAUUCCCUCUCACACUCGCUGCGCGCUAUUUACGACUGACGACUAGUAACCAUGAGUCGUGUACAACGCUCUUUUGAAAACUUUGCUUUGCUACAGGCUGCCUCAGAAGGCUCUACCGCCGCAGUGCGCGAUGCACUCAAAUCUGGCGCUGACAUUAACGCGUCUGACAACUCUGGCAGAACAAUUCUGACAUGCGCUCUCACUGCAGAUAGGUGGGAGACCAUCGACGCGUCUGACGCGUCGUUUUUGUCCGAGGAUCGCCUUCAGGUCCUUCGCAUGGCUGUCUCCCAUCCAGAAAUCUCACUAUACACGCUGAAUGCACCACAAGACUCGAUAAACGACGUAACUCCUCUCGGCAUGGCUGCAUGGCUUGAUAUGCCCCAAGCAGUCCAGGUUUUGCUAGAAUGUAGUUCAGGCGCUAUCUCCGUCGAUGCCGAGGACACGGAUGGCGCAACACCUUUGAUGUACGCAGCACGCGACGGCAGGUUGACGGUCGUCCAGCACUUGCUUGCUCAUAAAGCUAGACCAGAUCUCAGAGACCGAAAUCAUCGAUCUUCGCUCCAGUUCGCUUUACCCCAUCCAACCGUUUUAUGGACAUGCGAACAGGCGCUACGCAACUAUCGCCUACGAGAAUACCAGAACGGAAACAAAAGAGGUCUUUGCAAGCCUAGCCUCGAUAUCAACCACCUAUCACCGCAAACCUCCACUCAGCUCAUCUUCGCGCCAAGCAUUCCGCAAGCCACGACUUUUUCAUCUGAAUCUAUCUCCCUCAUCACCGACUCUGUUGUACAAGCUGUACUCUCUGCAGAUCUUUCUGUUCUUUACCCCCUGUUGUUUUCACAAUGCUUUGACCCUUCCCCUUUGGAUCACGGACCUGUUUUUGUAAAUGUACCCGAUCUGGAGGGAUGGAGCGCCAUCCACUACUGCGUAUCUGUACCAAAUCCCUCUAUCGAAAUCCUCGACGCACUGUAUCGCGCUGGCGCCGACGUCAGCUUGUUUACUAUCGGCGAACACUACACACCUCUCCACUGUUUUGCGCGGCUCGCACGCGUCUGCGAUGACAUUCUAGAUUCUCCCCAGUUGUUGUAUCAAUUCGCUAUCCAUCUUAUCCGUGAUCUCCGGGCUCCGCUCGCGGCACCCGACAAGCAUGAUGAAACUUGUAUCCAUGUAGCCGCCGAACACGGCGAAUGUCUUGAUGUACUCCUCGCACUUCUUGAUUGCGACACCACAGGCACCGUUCGCAAUCUGCGCAAUUCCCGAGGCCUUACAGCCUUCGAAGUCGCACGCCCGAUCUUCCGUUCCGCAUUUAGUCCCGACGGACAGUUCGUCCGUCCGGAGUCGUCUCUCUCUGAUCGCACUAUUAGACCCGGAACUUCGAAUUCUAUUACAUCUGUCACCUCUUUCACGGACCGCACUACCCCACUUUCCCCGCCCACGAUCCGCAUUUCCAAUGGCCCAGCCUCCCAUCUUCCCCUUGAUUUUGAUUCGACGGCAUCCGCAGAACGCCUGCUUGAAAACUUUACCCUGCUCUCAACCGAAGCACAGUUUGUCCGUGAUCACGAGGGCCUGGAUCGACUGGCCAGCGUGGUGGAUGAGACCUCACAGCUUGGGUACGACGUGCUUGCCCACUUCAGAGGGCAGGUAGACGAUGUCGCGAGUGACCUACGCGAUAUGCGGGCAGCUCUCAACGCUGUCGAUCAUCUGUGGAACACAACUUCGCACGACUUGGAAGAACAACUCCGUACACUUCCUGAUGGACGGAGUUUCGAACGCUUCCUGGCACGUAGACGCUCAGCUAGGGACUCUGAGGACUCGCAGAUCACCGCAGUGGAAGUUCAACCAACUUACGUCAAGUCUAUCCUGAAGGAGACAGAACCCAAGGUGUACGUCGAUGCUUCUGUUCUCACCGAUCCUUCGGCACCUGUACCUCUUGUGACGACAUCUGCAUCCGGCGUACGCACUGUUCCUUGGCCCGAGUGGUUGGAUAGCUUCAUCCUCAGUGCAGACUCCACGACAUACAAGGCGCACCUCGCGAACCUAAUUGAAAUCGAGCGCGAAUUGUUCUCCCGUGAGACGAUGAGCUCACUCGAAGAAAAAGUUCCCAACAAGGAGACCAAGCUUAAGAGCCUCCUGCGCCGUCGCAAGCGGUACGAGAAAGUUGAGAAAAGCGGAGCGUCGAAACUCAAGGCGUGGCUGAAGAAGAAAAUCACGGCGGAGAAGCCCUUGAAACUGCAGAUUGCAUAUGACCUGGACGGCGAAUGUGCAGUCGGAACGGAGGUUAAGGUGGACUUUACGCAGCUCUCUAUCACGAUCGCAGAUUCGGAGAAGCCCUCGAGAGCCGCAUCGCUGUCCCCGUCUCCUUCAAGCGACGAGGCUCACUCGUCCCAGGCAGUCCUUUCCAUUUCAAGCCGUGACUUGUCAAGCAUCGACGAGUGCCUUCAUGGGGUUGACCAUCUUAUUUCCACUGCUUGCCAUUCAAUUUCCCGCGCCGAGCGCAUCAUCAAGCGCACCAUUAAAACGCGUGAAACCAUGGUUCAUAAUCUUCGUUCUCGAUACCCUCCUGUCCAAAGCCCCAUAUUUGCAUUCUCCCCCGAUACGAACGCCCUCUCUGCAUAUCACGAUAUCUCCUCGCGCUCUUUCUACCUCUCUCCUGAUAGCGCCGCCUCCUCACAAUGCUCUUCAGCCCAGUCAUCAAAUAUAUCCCUGGCUGCCACCCUACAUGACGAUGAAGACGAAGACUCACGAGCAUUACGCAGGCUCCUCCUGCGAAAAAUUAACGCACGCAUCGACGGCGCUUUUGACGAGAUCGACCGUGCAAACGUAUGGUUGCGUAUCGUCAACAGCGUACUGCGCGACCUGAAAACGCGGACGACAGCAUAAGAAAAUGGACCCGCCAAUCGAUUGAACAGUUGUUGUAGGUUAUUUUUGUAACGUAUCUGUGUAUAUUAUUGCUUCAUUUUAUAGACUCAGUACUCACCGUUCAUCACCAUUUGCAUCUGUACACUUGUAGAUAAGUACCGCAUCGUAGACAUUGACAUAUGCAUUGUUGUUGUGUUUUCUUUUUUUCGAUAUUUCAUUUGUUCGCUUUCGUGUUACGAUUUUUGUGUUGGUAAAAACUUGUGAGCAAUACAGAC